GUUUUUUUUAUUUUCUUUUAAAAGCUUGAUUAACAUCACAUUCGUUUUUUUGUUUGCUUAUUUGUUUUUUUUUAAUUUUUCUUUCAGCUAAACGCUUACUCAGCCGAAACAACAAUUUAAAAUAUGGUUUUCCACUCGCCCUAUCCCGCAAUAGCAGAGUUGCCUGCCCAGGAUCUGCCCUCGUUUGUCUUUGAGUACGCCGACAAGUACUCGCUUUUUGGACGCAACCCCGAGUUGGUGGCGAUAUCGGAAGGCUCUGUAUCGCUGACCUUUGCGGAGCUCCGUCAGACAGCAAGUCGCUUUGCCUCAGGCCUAAUCAAUAACCUGAAACUCCAACGCGGCGACAUAAUUCUUGUUUUGCUGCCAAACACAGUAUACUACGCGUCUAUAGUGCUCGGGGCGCAGAUGGCCGGUCUGGUGUGCACGACGGCUAAUCCAGAAUACAUUGAGAGCGAAGUGGCCCAUGUGAUGGGCAUAUGCAAGCCACAGGCUAUCAUUACGGUGGUGGCUAAUGUUGCGCUGGUCCAAGGGUCAUUGCUUGUGAGUGGCGUGGUUGUACCGAGGGAGCGAAUUCUGACUUUAGACGGAGGGCCUGAGGAUAACUUUACAGUUAUUCUGAGCGACCAACCAUACGAACAAAUGCGCAUAACCACGCAGAAGGAAGCACAGGAGACGCCUGCUUUUAUUGUUUUGAGCUCAGGAACAACUGGGCUUUCCAAGGGUGUGGUGCUUUCGCACAGCAAUGUUAUUGCCAAUAUGUUGCAAAACACAAUUGUUGAAGAGUACGAUUCCAGAGUGUGCCUGGCCAACAUCACAAUCAAGAACCGCGCUUUGAUAUCUUGUCUCCCGUGCUUCCAUAUCUAUGGGCUUGUUAUCAUGCUCUUGUAUUCUGUGGCUAAGGGCCACCACCAGGUGGUAAUGCCCAAGUACGGCCUUGAGCUGUUUUGUCAGCUGGUGGCCAAGCACAAGGCUGCCAGCGCGCACCUGGUCCCGCCAAUAAUUAUCCAGCUGGCAAAGAAUCCAAUAGUUAACAACUACGACCUAUCUAGCCUCGUGUACAUCCUCAGCGGCGCGGCUCCCUUGACCAACGAGACGCAGAGCGAGAUACAAAGACAACUUGGAUGCCAUGUGAUGCAAGCAUACGGUAUGAGUGAGGCGUCUCCGGUCACUCACCGUGGGCCCACCGACGGUGUGCCUGUGGGGUCUGUCGGGUACCUGCUACCAUCGAUGCAGUGCAAAAUUAUUGACGACCAGGGUAAUGAAUUGGGUGUCGGCGAGGCUGGCGAGAUUUGCACGCGAGGGCCAAACAUUAUGCUUGGUUAUCUCAAUGACCCACAAGCCACCGCACAGACCAUUGACAAGGAUGGGUUCAUCCACUCUGGCGACAUCGGGUAUGUCAAUUCGCGCGGAUGCUAUUUCAUAUCCGAUCGCAAGAAGGAGCUCAUAAAGUACAAGGCCUUUCAGAUUGCACCGGCGGAAAUUGAAGGUAUUUUGGUGGCCCAUCCGGCGGUGCUGGAUGCCGCAGUCAUACCCGUGUUUGACCACGCGCAGGAGACUGAAGUUCCCAAAGCAUUUGUGGUUAUUAGACCUGGGCUCAUGCACCUGGGUAUUGCCGACGAGGUUAAGGUGUGGCUGGCCUCUCGUGUUGUUGACUAUAAGACGCUGCGCGGCGGCGUUGAGGUCAUUGAUGUUAUUCCGAAAACUGCAUCGGGGAAGAUUCUCCGCCGAGUGUUGAAGGAGCAUGAAGUAGCAAAACUGAAGCAGCAGUCGUUGUGGCCCAAACUGUGAAUGUUAAAAAUUUUCACUUUGGCACAUUUUUUUAAACAAUUCAAAUACGCUUAUAAUAACAAUCAUAACUGUUUUUUAUUAGAGAA